CUUUCGCUUUCGUUGGCCUCUUGGUCGCCACUGGGCGCGGUGGAAAGACAGUCGGUGCCCAGCAGCCGCUCCCGCACUCCUCAGCACGCCCCAGUGUCCUCCGGGAUCGCACAGCAAGGAUGGCGGAGAGCCCCAUGCCCACCGUCCUCUUCAUCUCGGUGUUCGUCUUCCUCUUCUUCAAGUUCUGCCUGGGCGGGCCGCAGCUGGCCACCCUGGGCAUGCUGGGCCCUCUGGCCGCGCACCUCGGUCACGACGCCCACCUGGAGGACGGGGCCAAGGCCGAGGCCGCCAACAUGGCCGAGGCCCUGCCGCUGCCCUUGGUCAGGGACUUGGUCAGGAAGUGCCCCGUCGGGACGGUGUACAGCGUGGCCGUGGGAGGCUGCAAGGACCUGGUGCGCUCCACCAAAAGCUCAUCGCAGAGAUUGGAGCUACUGAUGCCGUACCUGCUCGCCGCCACUCAGCAGGGCCAUGCGUCACAGUAGAGGCUCAUCAGCGGCGCCCCCGGCCCCGGCCCGCAGCUCACCAUAGCGGCUCACCGGCCGAUGGCGCCACUGCUGGGCGUGAGAGAGAAGACUUGUCUGGAGCUGGGACGCGCUCCUUGUUGUUUGUUCCUGUAAGAACUUCUUUGUAAAUAAAUUUGUUGUUAAGUUUGUCUCCUGGAA